AUGCUUUGUCAUUAUCCAUCUGAAAGCCACAUGUUCCAAAAUACACAUAAUAUUUAUCCAACAAGCACUUCUUCUUCACCUUCAAACAUGUUUGAGGAUAAACAACAAACUAAUCUCAUUUCUAACUAUUCGAAACCUGUCCCAACUGCUACAAGACCAUGCCCAAUCAUAUCCUCCUUCCCAGCUUCUUCUAACCCAUAUACAACACCAAUGAUGAUGAACUCCACAGCCCAACAAACCUCCAACCACCACAUUACUACCACUCAACCAACAUCCACAACCAAAAACAGAUCCACAAGUCACAGCCAUACCAAUAGAAACACAACCUCAUCUCCACUCAGUCAUACAUCCAGUAAAUCCUCUUCAAAUAACCAACAUCACCAACACAACAAUUCUUCAUCCUCUCCAUCUGCUCGAGGCAUUCAAAAGAGAAAGAGAGAAUCAAAUAAUAGCAAAAAAUCAUCACAUGCAUCUUCACCUUCCUCCAAUAAGAAGAAGAGUAAGAUUAGUGUAACUGUUUCUGAUUUAAUUCGAGUCAUGCCACUUCCACAAACUGUUGCUGCUAAAGAAUUGGGAAUUUCCUUGUCAACUCUGAAAAGAAGAUUUUACGAAUUAAACAUGGGAAGAUGGCCUGGACUUGUAUGUGGUUCUACAUCGAAUACUGUUCAUCAUCAUUUCACUCAACACAUUGAUGAUAGAUCGUCGUCGAGUUCCAAUUCAAAUGGUUCAGUUUCAUCAGGUAGAAAGGCUGAAUUGUCCUAUGUGUUAAAUUCAAGUGAUUUGGAAGCUAAUUUUAUGGAUCAAAUUACUUUAGCUGUUUUGAAUAUUGCUUUCAAGCAAAAUUUGUAA